AUGACAAAAUCAUUUCAACAUUUGCCGCUAGACGACAAUGGGAAAUCAUCGGAACGACCUGAGCACUGUACCAAUGCAAGCACCCAUGUAACACUUGGCACGAGACGAGAUGUCACUCCAGUUCAAGCCAAAUACGAUGUACAAACUGUUGUGAAUUACGAGCUCUCAUCUCACGUGUUUGAAGAACACACAUUACAAGGUGAUAUUGGUACAGUUAGAAAAUACAGCGAUAAUAUUUGGGCAGUGUAUUUCAAUGAAGAUCAUGUGGUUAAAGUACCAGUGAUCUUUUCUGGUUACUAUGAUUAA